CGCGCCCUCAUCACCACGCAUCCAGCACCUCGCUCACAGCCAUCUGCCGCCAGCACUCACCAGCCUGCGACCUCAUCAGCCGUCGCUCGUGCCCUGCGCAUGCGCGCGUGAGCGCCAGCAUCCUCGUGCACGCGGCCGCGUGAGGCAUGGACGGCGCACCACCUCCAGAGGAUGUGUCGCCUGCGAUGGCCGAGCCAGCGGGCGAGGGCGCAGAGAUGGAGGCAUCCGCAGCUGGAGAGGAAGGGCAUCGCGGCAUCGAGCGCAGUGCCAGCCAGACGCUGAGCAGCGAGGAUGUCGUCGAGAUCAGCAAGUUCAACGCAGGCAAGGAACGCAUCGAGAAGCACAUCGCACUGCUGGAAGAGCGGCCACGCCCGCUUGCGUUUGCAGACUUCCAGAGCGCUGAGGGCGCACCGGCCGAGGAAGUCUGGGCCACGCUCGAUGGCCAGAUGAAGCAGGUGCAUGCGUGGAUAGAGGAGCGGGAUGAGAUCGAGCAGCAGGCGGAGGAGUGGAAUGUCGCAGACAUGGAGCGGCUCAGGCGGGUGUCCAAAGCUGCCUCGGAGCGCCACAUGUCGGCGCAGGACACAGAUCUCGUCGAGGUCGCGCUCGGCACGCUCAUUGCGCUGGACAAGCUUCUCCACCUGCUGUCUUCCAGGCGCAUCGCUCUGAACCUGAUGAGCGCUCGCCUCACUUGGGAGGCCCAUCGCCGCACCUGCUGGACCACCUUCCGCACGCUUGCGCACGAUAUCGACGACUUUGUCGCGCAGAAGGCCCGCUGGUCACCCGCUGUCUACCACAGCAUGCCGGGCGCGUCGUCGGCGCACAACAGCUCCUCCUCGCUCGCCUCGAUGUCGCAGUCGCCCUCGGGCAGCUCGCUGACGAGCUCGCUAGCGGGAUCGCUCACGGGCUCGCUGACGGACUCGCCGAUCACGUCGCGCCGCCGUGACACUGUCUCGCGGCAGCGGCUGGUCGAGCGCCUCGAUCAUGAGGCAGCACGCCUAGACGCACGCAUCCGCCCGUUCGCGCAGGAGACAGUACCGCGAUCCGGCGAGGCUUUGGACCGCAUCAUCGAAGAGCAUCAGGUGCCAGAGCAGUUCCUCGACGAGCAAGAUCGACUGGAGGAUCUGGCGUCUGCCAUGUCCGCCCGCGGCCUCUUUCUGCGCGAGCUCGUGUCGCAGUGGCAUCAGGCAGAUGAGCUGUACAACGCUCAGCGCGACCUGAACGCCGCAGCGAAAGCAUUGCAGGCCGAUCUCGAUGCAGCACAAGUGCUGCAGCCGGACGCAGCACAAGCGGAGACGUUUGGGCGACGUGCAGCGACGCUGGUCGAGCAGCUGGAGACGCUGGCCGGCCCGGCGGCGCAAGUCUUCCUCCAGGAGCCGUCCACGUCGCAUGCUUCUCUGCGCGUGACAUCCAGACGAGCGAUCACGCUUCCCAGCAACGACGCGCUGUGGCCCGAGCAAGCCUCGCUGAACGCAAACCUCGCGUCUCUGCUCACCAAGGAGCUCGGCUCUGCGGGCAAGCACGUGCGUCGGGCCGUACAGGCUUCGCAGCGCCACAUGCGCGCCUUGCAGGCGUAUCAGGACGUCGCGCGGCUGCGCACCGAACUCGCGGGAGUGUCGGAGGACUGCGCCGAGAUCGAGCGUCUUGCGCGCGAAGGCUGGUCGGAGUCCUCGCCGGGCUCGGACGGGCCAGCCGACACGCCGUCCAAGCUCAAGGACGGCUCGCCGCCAGAUCUCAGUGCAGCGGCCUGCCUCGAGCCAUCUGCGCACGAUCUCUUCGCAGCACGGUUCCCGCGUCUGAAGCCACGGCUUGCGAGCACCGAGGCGGCGGGGCUGGCUCGCGUCGACAGCCUCACCAAGGGCGUGCUGACCUGCAUCCGCGAAGGUCUGGCACAGUCGACGUUCCGCCGCGAUGUCGAUCAAGCCAUCUCUGGCUUCCGGAAAGCACAUCAGGCUGCGACGGCCGAGGUGGGCCGAGCGACGGCCGCGAUGGAAGCCCUCAAGGCAGCACGCAGCUGCGCCCAGUCACUGGAGUCUGUGCGGAGAGGCGCAGAAGGGCUCGUCGCCGAACUUCUUGAGGCAAAUGCGCCCGAGCCUCGGGUUCCGGAAGCGUCUGGACAAGGCCCAGGUGGCGAUGCAGGCUUGAAGCAGAAGCGCCUGACUGCCCUGUCAGCCCGCCUGACGGAAGGCUCAUCGAUGCUCGACGCCUUCGCAAGACGCCAGACCGCUCAAGACACAUCAACGGUUCAGCAAGAGCUCCAAAGCAUCCACGAGCGGUCCAGGUCGGCCGUGUCUGAUGGCGACGCUUUGCUCAAAUGGCUCGCCGCUUCGCAGCGCCAACGUGACAGUCUCGCUGCACUGGCCCGGCGACACGACGAGCUGUCGCAGUCCGGCGCUGCGCUCAAACGGCAGCUUCAAGCACUGGUCCAGGCCGACGCGGCGUCGGAGCUGCUCUCCGAUUCGCCGUCUAGGAUCCCGGCUGAGCUCGAGAGCGAGCGUGCCAAGUUCGCAGCUGCCGCUCAGCUCUUCACAGAGAGUCUGCCGGCCUCUCUGCCCUUCACUGGGCCUCCUCCGCAAAUCGCAGUCCUGGAAGAGCAUGAGAACGGCGCGACGACGACGGACGCGCAGUCACUCCUGACACAGAGCGCGACCGCGCAGCGAAUCAUGUCCUUAAAGGACGAUCAAGUAAGAGCGCAAGGCAACACGUGGGCGGCGCAGCUGCUCCAGCUCGAUGCCGAGCUUGCGAGCUCGUUCGGCGACGCUCUCAGCGCAUUCGACGCCCAGCACAAGGCGCGGCAGCGCGCUGCCGCACUGGCCGAAGCUCGCGCCAUGCUCGCGGAAGCGGUGCUCAACGUGCAGCAGAGCUAUGCAGCUGCCGAGGCCUGCGUCGUUGGCUCGCAUACGCUGCUCAUCUCUGCCCUCAACGACGAGCGCACGCGUCACUCUGUGGCCAGCAUUGAGCAAGCGCGCGACAGUGCCCGCGAUGAUAUUGCACAGGUCGAGCAGCGGGUCGGCCAGGCUCUGCUCGAGCUUGAUCAGCGAGAAGUGCAGCUCUUGAGCCUGGACGCAGGCGCCGGGAGUCAAGACGCAGCGACAGCUCGCGAAGGAGAGGCACGCUUCGCCGUCCAGCGGGAGGCUCUCUUUGCUGCAUUCGCCGCAGCCCUGGACGCCGCGGUGUCGCACGAGGCUGACAGACUCGAACGCGAGAGGCAAGAAGCAGAAGAGGCGCAGCUCGGAGAGCAGGUCGUCCAGCGCGCGGCAGCAGCUGCGGCUGCAGCGGCCGCGAUGGAGAUCGCACAGGCCGCAGAGACCGCCGAGGUCAUCGACACACCAGAGCAACUCCCGUCGUCACCGCUCUCGAGCUCGCCGGUGCCGCCACCCAGUGGCUCACUCCUUCUCGCAUCCUCCGACUCCGAGGCGGCGCUGUCAACGCGCUCGUCGGAUGUCUUUGGACCAACCAGCUCCGCGAAGAAUGCUGCACGUCAGAACGAGGCUCUGGCACAGGACGACGUCCGUCAGCAAGUCACGCUGCUGCUGCAGUCAUUUGAGCCUGACGCCGUCGACGAGCAGACUGUUCCAGACGGCCUUGCACAGAAGCGGCGCAUGCUUCUCCUGCCCUUUGCGGACGAGGCAGACGGAGUCAUGGCCAAGUGGGUGGCGCAGAAACGCGCAGUUGAGACACUGCUCGCGUAUCCAGCCGUGCAGCAAGACUGGCCGGAAGUCGAGCAGCUGCGCCAGGCCUCUGCGCAGCGAGCCACGAAGGUGCGCCGGUUCAGCCACUUGUCAGUCUUCGCCUCGCAAGCUGCACGUCUCGAGCUCGAGCUGGGUACCUUCGUCGAUCUUUUAGACGCGAGCGAGUCGGCAAAUGCCAGUCGCGACGGUGCGACAUCGUCUACUCCAGAUGACGGCUCAAGCAACGGCCAUGAUGCGACGUCGGCCGUAGUUGAUCGACUUGCACUCCUGCAGCCGCUGAUGGAGUGCGUCUCGGCUGCGCUUGAUCCAGUGUCCAGCGACAUUCGCGUCGUCAACAAGAUGUCGGACCUCAACCGGCUCUUCAAUGAGACACGCGCGAUGGCGCAUGACUUCCUUUCGCCCGACCCGCUCGCCCGGCAGGACGAGGAGCCGGAGGUCUGCUACUCGCCUGCAUCGGCCACCAGCUCUCUUCCGUCGACCGCCGGCUCCUCGUUGUCGGAUCGAGACGCGGCCGAUUCUGCAUGCGAGCUUGGAGAGAGUGGCGACCAGACGAAGGACACAGACCCGGAGCUGGUCACGGUGCCGGACCGCUUCAAGUCGCACAUGUCGACCAGCAGCACCGUGUCGCUGCUGUCGCCUGCGCCUACGAAGCUCCAACGCUCCGCUCGUAGAGUCGUGUCCGACAGCAAGCCCGGUGCCGCCACCCAGGCCACGCCUCGCGCCUCAAAGCUUCGCGCGCCGAUGACCCCUCGCGUGAUGGCGGCGACAGCGCUCGAAUCUCGAGGCUCCUCGUCAACAAUGCAGCGUCCGAGCUCACGAACUGCCACCUCAUCACCGUUGAAGGCCAGCCUCGAUCUCGGGCAGCGACGGCUGCCGAGCGUCCUGUCAACGCCCCGAGGCAGCAAGCUGCCCGUGCGAGCCCCUUCGACUGCAUCGCAAACCGCCUCUGCCGACGUGUCCCGCUCCAACUCACGCUCGGAUUCGCGGUCAGACUCACGCACUGCCUCGCGGACCGCCUCACGAACCACGCCGCGCAAGGCACCCGUCAAGCGGCCGAACGCCUACAAGCCCAACCCGAAAAGCCGGCUGGACGUCGCCGUCUCUCGCAUCGUCAACCAGCUGCCGGUGCCGGUGCAGAUCUCGCACGCGGCACCAGGCGCCGAGACGCGUGCCAACGAGACGUGGAACGACGAGAGCGGGCGGUACUGGGUCGGCCAUCGCGAUCCGCGUCUCUGCUUCUGCCGCUUCCUGCGCUCGCGCAUCGUCAUGGUCCGCAUCGGCGGCGGCUGGCAGGAGCUCUCGAGCACCACUACUCGGAGCUCUCGCCGCAAGGCGAGCUCAGCCCGCCACGCCAGGCCGAUCUCAGUGCGCUGCCUUGGCUAAGCAGCGCGUCGCUGGCGCAUUCGGCCUCCGUGCCGGCCCAGCGCAGCGCACCCGUACGUCGUGCAAGUGCAGUAUCGGACGCGAGUCUCUCGCCCGAGGCAGCAAAGAGCGCCUUUCUCCGGCCGCUCGCGG